CGAACACAAUGCCUCACCCUCUCAAACUAAGCAUAAAAGAUUAUUAGCUCAUGCCAGGCAAUGAUUGCUACAGAGGCCAUGUCCCUCCCCAUCUGCACGUUCAUCAAAACAGGAAAGAUGUGUAUCAGGGCGGAAUACGGGGUCACAAUGAGCGCGUAUUCCAUCCUUACUGUUCUGUUUCUCUUCUACUUCCUCGCCCACUUCUUCUUCAGUGCUACAAAUAAACCCCCCGCCCUGAACCUCCAGAGUCCCUCUCUAUCCGAUACCAUAGAAUACUCUCUCCUGUGAAGACCUACAUAUCCAUCUAUCCUGGCAGCGCCUUUACUGUACAGUACAAGAGGCAGGAUUUCAG